CUCUAAUACGGUCAUUCUAAUUUUGUGAAAAAAACUUUACGGACGUACUUUGCGAGUUGUCCGCAAGUGAAUUAGAUCUAAUUUCAACUUAGUCUUGAAUAGUGGUUUCGUUCAAAAAUAUUUAACGCAAAGCCGCAACGCAUAGAUACAGAAAAGUAUUGAUUUUCGUCCAAGAUGGCGGACGACGAGCAAUUCAGCUUGUGCUGGAACAACUUCAACACGAAUUUGUCGGCGGGCUUCCACGAGUCGCUAUGUCGCGGCGAUCUGGUGGAUGUCUCCCUGGCCGCCGAGGGCCACAUAGUGAAGGCCCACCGGCUGGUGUUAUCCGUCUGCUCGCCCUUCUUCCGCAAGAUGUUCACCCAGAUGCCGUCAAACACCCACGCAAUCGUAUUCCUGAACAACGUUAGCCACUCGGCGCUGAAGGACCUGAUCCAAUUCAUGUACUGCGGCGAGGUCAACGUGAAGCAGGAUGCCCUGCCCGCGUUUAUUAGCACCGCGGAGUCGCUGCAAAUCAAGGGGCUAACGGAUAACGAUCCUGCUCAGCAGCCGCCGCAGGAGCCCAGUCCGCCGCCAGCAGCACCUCAUGUACAACAGCAGCAAUUACCGGCCCAGCGGGUGCAGCGCCAGCAGCCGCGCGCCUCCGCCCGCUACAAGAUCGAAACCGUGGAGGACGGUUUGGGCGACGACAACAAGGGCACCACCCAAAUCGUUAUCCAGACCACAGCCGCACCACAAGCCACCAUUGUACAACAGCAGCAGCCGCAGCAGCAGGCGACGCAGCAGAUCCAGACGCAGCAACAGCUGCAGACGGGAACCACGACGACGGCGACGCUGGUGUCGACAAACAAACGCUCCGCCCAGCGCUCCUCCCUGACAUCCGCCUCCUCCUCCAGCGGCGUAAAACGCUCUAAGACGAGCACCUCCGCCAAUGUGAUGGACCCUCUUGACUCGGCCACGGAAACUGGAACCACGACAACUACCCAACUGGUGCCGCAACAGAUCACUGUACAAACCGCUGUGGUCUCCGCGGCAGAAACCAAGCUCCACCAGACGCAGCAGCAGGUCCGCCAGCAGCAGCAACAGGAGGAAGCCGAGUACAUUGAUCUCCCCAUGGAAUUGCCCACGAAAUCGGAACCUGACUACUCGGAAGACCAUGGCGAUGCCGCCGGUGACGGCGAGGGCACCUAUGUAGAGGACGAUACCUACGGAGACAUGCGCUACGACGACAGUUACUUCACGGAGAACGAGGAUGCGGGCAACCAGACGACGGCUAAUACGAGCGGCGGCGGCGGAGUGACCGCCACCACGUCCAAGGCAGUUGUCAAGCAGUCUCAGAGCUACAGUGACUCUACGUUUGUUGACACCAGCGCGGAUCAGGGCAACACCGAGGCUCAAGAUAUCAUUCGCAAGAGAGGAAUCACGAUUGUCAAGGGCACCAAGGGGAAACCCAAACUCCAAAUGGGAGGCUUUUCUUAUUAUCGGAAUAAUUCUCGUGGUUCGAAGACCUAUUGGCUUUGUGCCAGGAAUCGGUAUAUGCGAUGUCCUGCUCGAGUAAUCACAUGCUCAGUAACUGGAGAACUGAUCAUUAAGAACCAACAACACAACCACGAUUCUCUUAACCAGCCGAAGUCGGACAUCAGGGAAAAGCCACUCACUUCAAGCCUUAAGUCUAAGGCAAUUGGACACUAGCAACUAAACAAUUAAGCCAUUCCGUUUUAGAAAUAAUUUAAUGUACCUUUCUAAUCCUAUGUUUAACUUAAAGCAUAUCCAUUUUAGUGGCUAUACAAUUAUUUUUAAAUCUUUUAAAUAAGUAAGCAAGAACCAAUCACUUAUGUUAAGACCUUUCAAGUGUCCUUUUCAGGUUUGGGGAAGGACUUCCAUAAGGUAGGUAGAAAUAUUUUCAUUUUAUAUAAGCGUAAGUACAUACAGCUUCUGAAUUUGAACAUUAGGGAGUGACGUUAUCUGUAAACUGCAGAUACAAAUUUAAAAUUAAAAUAUGAAUUUCAUGAACUGAUUUGUAAUACCAAUGUGCAGUGCUCGAGUAAACGUUAAAUUGGAAUUUAACAUGGACACUGAUGAAGUUUUUUAUAAACAGAGUCUUUCGUUAUUGAUUCCCAGUAUGUCAAUGAACGUUUAUGUCAACAACCCUUUGUUGUUUCUGUUGCAUGGCCAGUUCGUAAAUUGAUACCGCCAACAAUGACGGCCUGCUAAUUUCUUGAGUAAACUUUGUGGGUCUGUUUAUACAAAUCGGUUUCCGAGCAAAGAACGAGAAGUGUGGAAUAACAAGCGAGCUGAUUCAGCUUUCGAGCCACUUGAAAUGUGUCUCAUAAAUUCCUUAAGUGCGGCAUAUUAAUCUGCUAUUGCACGCAUUCAUUAGCUUUCCGACAGUGCAAAUAAAAAACAUAACCUUCGGGAAAAUUUGCAAAAACUAAA